GCCAUUACAGACUCGGAUGAACUGUAGACCAAGCAUAUCAACCACAAUUCAACGGUAGCCUGUUAGAAGAGCUGACGGUCAAUGAACAUGGCGGUCACAGCAAUCGAUCCGACAACACUCAAGCAGCGAAAGAACUUAGUGAUAGGAAAUCCUUCCGCGAAACUGGCUCUUGCCAAAGAUACUGCAUUUAUUCAAUCGCUAGUUGGCUGUUUGAGCCGCGCACCCUUACCCCAAAGUGAAGCCCAAGGCUCCCAGGACGACGUCCGUAUCGAAGCUGCUCAUGUGAUCUCUUCUAUUUCUUACGGUUCGGACGAUGCUCUUCGUAGUCUGCUACAAGCUAGUGCUCUCCAUGCGUUACUCUUCGCGCUCUCCACCUUGAAACCAUAUGACCCCAUUGCGCUACAGACUGCACUGUUACGAGCACUACGAACAAUGUCUACAGCAGUAGCUGAAGUCGUCGGUCCUUCUCAGCUUGGCCUUUGUUCAUACUCUUCUGACACUCGGGAUGAGGCCAAAGCAGUACUUGAUUUCCUAUUCGAACUCGAAAAUUUAGACGUUUUUCUACCCCUCCUGGACAACAAGAAUGUACAACUAAGUACUUUUGUAGCACAGCUCAUUGGCGCCACAGUACGAAACAAAUCCCAUCGAUCUGCUGUUGCUGAAUGGCUACCAUUCACCGAUAGAAUCAAAGAAGUCAAAGGAAAGCGUGGAUGGGAGAAACCAGAAGCAGCCAAUUCCAAUGCACCGAGUAGGCUGGGUGGAUGGGUUGUACGAAACCUGAGCACACUUCUGCAAUACAGGAAUAAUAACGUGCAGGAGGCUGCUCUAUCUGCUAUCGCUGCGCUAGCAAUGGAUAACCCGAAUGUCACUGCGGCUUUAACCAAAUUAACUCAUGACAGAGAAUCGCCUACUCUGUUACCGACCGUUUUAUCCCUCACCACCAGUCGCUCCACCGAAGUUCAGCUAGCAGCAUGCUUGUGCGCAACACACAUCAUUCGGGCAAAUGCGAGUAAUCAUCCAGGUACCGUUGAUCAAGCUAUUGCAUCCAACAUUAUACACGCAAUCAACCGUGUACUUUCCUCAUCAUCUGAACGCCCUCCAAUGCGCAUAAGGGCUUGCUACACUUUGUAUUACCUUGUGAAAGACGACAAAGAUAUCUGUCAAGCAGCAGUUGAUCAUGGCGCGUUAGAAAAAAUAGCAUCGUUGACUAAAUCUAUAACCCCUCUUACGAAGGACGAGGAGCGGGACGAAGAUGAGCCCGAGAGCACAGCUGCGUUGAGAGAGGCGGCGCUCAUUGUCAUCGCGGCGCUAUCGCUUUUCGACAAUGACAUACGCCGUGAAAUAGCUGAUACACUGCAGCUGAUCCCAGUCAUACACAUAUCUCUGUCUAAUCGGCAUGUCGGCGUUCGCUAUGCGGCCUGCCAGUGCGUCAGAGCACUUAGUCGCGCAGUCGCAAUCUUGCGCACCAAUAUCAUGGACAGUGGAUUGGGUUCAAGCUUGUUUCAAAUUUUCAAGAAAGAAGAGGAAGAUCCACGUGUGACAGCCGCUGCGUUGGCUGCUAUUACUAACAUGAUAAACGACUUUUCACCCCUUCAGCCAAAACUGUUAGCACAGGGGUUAAUGCCACGGCUCAAGCAACUACUGGAUUCCGGUAAUUCGCCCACUAAAGUCAAUGUUUUGUGGGCUAUCAAAAACCUUCUGCGAAAAAGCACGUUAGAAACUAAGCAGGAAGUCAUGACCUGUCUUAAAUGGAGGCAACUCGCGAAUUUUUGUAUGGACCCAGAUACCGGUAUACAGGAACAGGCAACUGCAAUUUUCCGGAAUUUGGCUGAGAAUGAUUCGGGCGUCGACCUUAUUUUUCAAGAAAUGGAGAAAGACCUCCUUUUCCACGCCUUGCUGACAGGCUUGGAUUCGCCAGAUGAGGACGUGAAACUCCAAGCUGCAUACUUCUUGGCAAAUUUGGCCAACGGACAGAUUACUCAUCAAGACUGCAUAUUUACCUAUCCAGAUAUUCUGCAUUCUAUGCAUUCUUGCAUCACGGAUGCGAAACCAGAAAUACGUCAUCCCAUCAUGGGUUGCAUCUACCAAAUGCUAUCAUGUAACCCCAAGAGACGAGACGACCUCAACGACUUUGGUAUCAUGGCAACUUUAAGACACAUGUGCGAUCACACAGGAGGUGUGAGUAUGAGUCCUGGUGGCCGGUACCCAAGUCACCACAUUCCUAUGGAUGAUGACAAGGACACUGUCUUGUUGGCUCGGCAAAUAUUGGAAUUAGAUCGUGUUGAUCAUUAGUCAUUCAAAAUCUUCAGCGAAUUCUUAUGUACGAUGAGGUGGGAUAUUAUCUAGGUCUGGGGUUCUUACUGUUUGUAUUAAUGAUGUGGAGCUAUGCUAUAAUGUAAACCGUUAAAGAUAGCAGAAGGGCUUGUUUAGAAGUCGAUUU